AUGACUCAAGAUACAGUUGCAGAUUUGGAAAGAUCCAGAAAAGAGAUUGAAAAUACCAUUGCAAAGAAAGAAAAGGAUAUGGGAGGUCUCUCUGCUAAGCUAGAUGAUGAACAGUCCCUUUUUGCAAAAAUGCAAAAGAGCAUCAAGGAAUACCAAGGUCAUGUGGAAGAGUUGGAAGAAGAACUUGAAGCUGAGCGACAGGCUCAGGCUAAGGCAAAAAGACAGAGAUCUGAUCUUGCAAGAGAAAUUGAACAGUUAGGAGAGAGAUUAAAUGAAGCUGGAGGGGCUACUCAUGCCCAGGUUGAAUUGAACAAGAAGAGGGAAGCUGAAGUUGGAAAACUCCGCAGAGCUAUUGAAGAAACAAAUAUUCAGCAAGAAUCUAUUCUUGGAGCUGCCACUGAUGAAAUUGCCUGUGCUCAAGCAUCAUCUGACAAAUCAAACAGGAAUCUCCUUACUUCCCUGAAUGAUAUCAAUAAAAGGGUUGGUGAAGCCAACCUUACUCUUGGAGACUUUGAGGCUAGCAAGAGGAAGAUAGCUGUUGAGAAUGCUGAUCUUCUCCAUGCAGUAGGUGAUCUUGACAACAACUUUAGCAUGCUUUUGAAGGUAAAGAGUUCCAUUGCUGCUCAACUUGAAGAAGUCAAAUCUCUGACUGAUAAUGAGGCUCGUGAAAGAUCUCUUCUUCUGGGGAAAUUUCGCAAUCUUGAACAUGAGGUUGAUGGAGCCAAGGAGGCUCUUGAUGAGGAAUCUUCUUCUAGAGACAAUGUACUCUGUCAAGUUGCUAAAGCUGAAGGUGAUGCUAACCUUUGGAGAACCAAGUAUAAAAGUGAAGCAGUUGCAAAGGCUGAGGAGCUUGAGAUGACCAAAAUGAGGUUGGUUGCCAGACUUACUGAGGGCGAGGGAACCAUCAAACAUCUUAAUGCUAAGCUCUCUCAAGUAGACAGAUCUAGAUCUAAGAUGCAAGCAGAACUUGAUGAAAUAACGUCUGGCCUUGAUCAAGCCCAGGUCUUAAAUGCUGCAAUGGAGAGAAAGGCUAAACAAUUUGACAAAGUUAUCAGAGAGUGGAAACAUAAGGUUGAUUCUCUAUCUUGUGAUCUUGAUUGCAGCCAAAAGGAAAGUCGCAAUGCUUCAUCAGACCUCUUCAAGGUUAAAUCUGCCUUUGAAGAAAGUAUGCUUCAGCUUGAUGAAGUAAGAAGAGAAAACAAGACCCUUUCUAAUGAGAUCAAAGAUAUCAUGGACCAAAUCAGCGAAGGAGGAAGAUCUAUCCAUGAGAUUGACAAAAUUCGCAAGCUUCUUGAGGCUGAGAAACUUGAGCUCCAGGCUGCUCUAGAAGAAGCGGAAGCCACCCUUGAGCAGAAAGAAAACAAGGUUCUUCAUGCUCAGCUGGAAAUGACUCAAGUUAGACAAGAGAUUGAGCAUCGUCUUUCUGAAAAGGAUGAAGAAUUUAUGGCUAUCAAGAAAAACCAGUCAAAGGCUCUUGAAUCUAUGCAAUCAGCCCUUGAAACUGAAACGAAUGGAAAAGCUGAGGCUUUGAGGAUGAAGAAGAAGCUAGAAUCAGAUGUUACAGAUUUUGAGCUUGCUUUGGAGCAUGCCAAUGCUGGAGCUAUGGAAACACAAUCAACCAUCAAAAAGUACCAAAAUCAGGUUCGGGAUGCUCAGUGCAAGGUUGAUGAGGAAUCACACAUGAAAGCUAUUGCUUAAGAUAACAAGGUCAAUGCUGAACGAAAGGCAGGGCUAUGCAAAAUGGACUUGAAGAAGCAAGAACAAUGCUGUAACAGGCUGAUAGAGGAAGGAGGAGCCUGGAGCAAGAACUGGCAAAUUCAAAUGAGACUCU